AUGAGGAUCGAUGAGACAGUCAAGGCCAUACUUUUUCACGACAUUGAGUCGAACCAGGACGCUAGUUGCGACGAUCUCGUUCGCGACAUUCGCCCUGAGCUCUACGCUGACUUGGUGUCUCCCAUUCGCAAUCGAUUCCACUACCUGAAGCGUCUCAAGAAGAACAACCCAUUGGAGUACAUCGAUCAAGCUGCAAAAGCUCGGAAGAUCUACAAGAAUAUUCCAGACGGUCAGUGGACAAAGCAAUUGCCCAAGGACGCGACAGAAGACGCAGCUAUUACUGUCCCUGCACCCACGGAAUCCAGCAGCAAGCAAGCUGAAGACCCUCCAUACAGUCCCAGCAAUUUGGAAUCAACUUGGACAUCCCCAAGAAGAGCGACGAGAUCCUCUACGAAGAAAGCUGCUGUUACUCCAACAGACCCACCCCCAGCAGCUCCCAUCCCAGUGACAAGCGCUUCCACACCCAGCAUUGUUGAGCCAGAGCCAAGUGUCACACCAGGAUUGCCACCACGACCACCCUCAAACAAGAAAAAGAACAAGAUGACUGGCACCCCCAAGAAAAGCAAUGCCACCAAGGCGACUACUACCCCUUCAAGGAAGAUCCGUAUCUUUGCGGAUAUCAACGAGGCCAAAGAGUCUGUUGAUCACCCCAUCGACGUCGACACUGACUUUCCGGAGAGCCAUGGUCAUGGCAUCUUUGUGCUUGAAAUCCCCGAUGCGAUUCAGUCCAACACUAGCUUUGGAACCUAUGUCUCGGACGAGAUCAAGUUUGUCCUUGAGCAUUUGGUUGAUAUUACCGAUUACAACAAGAUCGACGCUCAACUUGUCUUGAAUGGCACUGCUUUGUUGAUCAACAAACCGUCUGUUUCGAGUUUCUUCAUCCACAAAUACCUAAAGCUUCUCUCUCUUGAGGCCGAGCACUGCCAAAGGACGGAGGAUGAGUUCAAGUUUUGGCUCACGGCUGUUACCCAAGACGAAUCACGUCAAGUUCAGAGCUUGCUCUUUGUCUUCCCUGAAGGGACUGUUUGCACCACGGACUUUGCAAGUGCUGAGCCGUCUGCUCCCAAGUCUGAUAUGCCUGUUAAGCUUCUUCUUCGUGAGCUCGACACUGUGAUUGACAUUGAAGGCUCUCAGAUUCAGCAGAUCUUUUACCCUGGUUACUUUCGCUUGCGUGUUAUCCCAGAGACCUCGAAGAUGGCGGAUGCAAUCGAGGCCCCAGCCAAGUCUCUUGCGAGUGCCUUUGAAGGGAUGUGUCACAUUACGAAUCAAACUAGCCAGCCCAGCCCACGUCCUCAGCCGCCGAUUCCUCAGCCACCGAUUCCUCAGCUGUCGAUUGGACUUCCACAAGCUGUUGUUUCCAACAGCUUGUCGAUCAUAGCUCCACCUCAAGUCGUUGCCUCCAACAGUCUGUCGAUAGCUGCUGUACAAAGCAAUGCGAUGGUCGCAAGCAGUGGCCUCUGCUUGGCUGACAGGUUGGCCGCAGCUGCUGUUGCUCAGAAGGCGAAAAGCAAGAGCUUAACAGUCCGUGGACGAUCUCUCUUUGGCCCGAGCGGACAACCACCAGCCCUGGUGCUACCCAAGGAAGAACCAAAGCCGAGAGGCCCCAGGACACUCAACCUUUCUGAUCUUCCUACCUACCCCGCAGCUCCUGGUGGCAACAGCAAUAUGGAAGUCGAUGACGUCUUCUCCACCCCAGCAUCCACUCCCACGGUCUUGCCUCAGUUUCAAGCAAAUUUGAACCACGAUCCCAAUGCUGCAGAGCAGAAGCGCAUUUAUGCUGACAGGAAGAAGGAUGGCUUCAAACCAACUCUUGACAAUGGUUUGCUGUCUGAUGCUAGGAUUGAACAAAGGAAGAGCAAGUCCUCCCUCAAGAGGCAGGUUGCUCUUGACAGGCGCAGGAAGAAAGCAGAGCUCCAGGCUAGAUUGGCUGAGGCCAGGAUUGCUCAGGAGCAGCAAGAGCAGGAGCAGCAGGAUCUCACCAGUGCGAGCAGCUCGGAAGAUAGUCUGGGAACUAUCGCAACGACGGAUACCCUGUCUCAUAUUACUCAAAUUGAAGGAGAUUUGAAGACGGAAGUUGAAGACGGUUUUAAAAAGAUCUAUACUGGAGACUACAACUAA